AAUUUCUACAUAAAUCCUCUGAUUCAAAGUGCCCUAAGAUGACUUUUGCAGCACUCCCGUAACCGAUUCGCUUUCACACGACACCGCGACGGCUGAACCCAACCCACCACGUUGGCCGCCCACGCCGCGACCUUUCGCCGGCGGCGAACUCCCCGGCGGCGCCGCCACAUGACCAGGAACCACUCCCCCAAGUCCCUCGCCGUCCUCCUCCGCGCCCGGAUGCACCCCGACCCCGUCUCCCCCGCCCCGCCGCCGCCCGCUCCGACGGCGGCGGCGGCACCCGACCCCGAUCCGUCCGCCCCGCCCGCCGCCGCCGCCGUCCGCCACUGGCUCCACGCCUCCGUCUCCUCCUCCGCCUCCACCGCCCUCGACCGCUUCUCCGACGGCUACCGCUCCCUCGACCGCCCCGGCCGCCGCGAGAUCCUCCGCUCCCUCGCGGCCGACUACGACGUGCCCCGCGCGCGCGUCCGCGACCUCAUGCGGCAGUAUCUGAGCGCCGCGGCGGCGGGCGGGGAGGAGGAGGAAGAGGAGCACCCGGAGGCGGGAGGCGGCGGCGGCUCUGCGUCGGCGAUGUACCGGAUGGAGCGGGGGCUCCGGGAGGCGCUCCGGCCCAAGUACGCCGGGUUCCUCGAGGCCAUGAACGCGCAGCCCGGCGGGCUCAAGCUCCUCGCCGUCAUCCGCGCCGACCUCCUCGCAUUGCUGGGGGAGGAGAACUUGCCAGCGCUGCGUGCGCUGGACGGGUACCUGAAGGAGAAGCUCGUGACAUGGCUCAGCCCCGCGGCGCUGACCCUCCACCAGAUAACUUGGGAUGAUCCGGCCUCCUUGCUAGAGAAGAUUGUGGCAUAUGAAGCUGUGCAUCCAAUUAGGAAUUUGAUUGACUUGAAGAGAAGGUUGGGCGUCGGUCGCCGUUGCUUUGGGUACUUCCAUCCUGCAAUACCAGGAGAACCAUUGAUCUUCAUUGAAGUUGCUCUGCUCAAAGAUACUGCCGCAUCUAUACAGGAAGUUCUGUGGGAUGACCCUCCAACUCCUGAGAGUGAAGCCAGAUGUGCAUUAUUUUACUCAAUAUCAUCAACCCAGCCAGGCCUAUCUGGUAUCAAUCUGGGAAAAUUUCUUCUCAAACGUGUGAUUGAAAUGUUAAGAAGAGAUAUGCCUUCAGUACAGAUUUUUGCAACUCUUAGUCCAAUCCCUGGUUUCAUGCAAUGGCUUCUUGCUAAGCUGGCAUCCCAAAUAAAGUUAGCAGAGGCAGAAUCACAGGAUGGCAGUUUAUUAGAAGGAACCAGUUCCACUUUCAGAGAAUCCAUCCUUUUUCCGGAGGAAGAGAGGAUGAUACAUGAUGCGGUUGAACAUGCUGGUGGAAAAAGUGGAAUCAAACUACUGCAAGAUAUACUGAAAUCAAGUCAGUGGGUAAAAUCUGACAAAUUAUCUUCUGCACUGAAAUCUCCUUUGAUGCGUUUGUGUGCAAGGUAUCUCGCCAGGGAGAAAAAACGAGGAAAAGCUCUUGAUGCUGUUGCAAAUUUUCACUUGCAAAAUGGAGCAAUGAUCGAGAGGAUAAACUGGAUGGCUGACCAAUCAGAGAAGGGCAUUCAACAGAGUGGAGGUAUCAUGGUAAAUUAUAUGUACAGAUUAGAGAAUAUAGAAGAGUAUGCGCUGUCAUAUUUGGGUACAGGGCUCGCUCAUACUUCAUCUAACUUGCUCCAAUAUAUCGAGCCAAAGGAUACAUGAGCUGAAGAACACUUUUGGAAAUGAAGUUUUUCAUCCAGCGAAGGAUUAUAAGGAUAUCAUUGGAUACGGAUAAUAACUUAAUAAGGAUAUCACACUUCUCCCUGGUCCUUGUGGACUUGAAUUCGUCAUAUAAAUUGUUCGUGAUAAUGUAUAGCCGCGUGUACAGUGUACUUCUGUUUCUGAUUGGCCUCGCUGCACUGGCAGCAUUGUAGCACUAGGAGUAACUAGUAAUUAGUUUAUCUUGGCCAUUCAUUCUCUCCUGUUCUGGUAAAUGUAUCAGGGAAUACGGAAUACCUAAAUACCUAAUAGUCAUAGUCACAAUAUCAUGCAUACCAAUGCAAGAAGAAGCACUUACAUUUGCACUUAUUUGAGACCAGUGAUCUCAUGCAUAUGACUUGGUGGAUGUA